AUGGACUUACGCAGGCCGUUGCUUAUAUGCAUUCCAAAGGCUAUGUUCAUGGAGCGGCCAAUUCAAUAUAUUACUCAGAAGGGGAAGGUUUAUUUUAUGCAGAGGGAUGAGCGUAUGGACGAAAGGGUGGCUCAACAGUAUGUGGAUAUGAGCAGCAUCGAUAAAGGACCACGGCCCUUCUUUUCUGAUUUGCAACAUCCUCACUUCUAUGAUGAAAAUGGGCAACGUAUCGAGAACUGGGAGGAGGCGAUGGCUGAGUCACCGGAAGGAAGUGAGCCUGAAGGGAAUACCCUCGAGAAGAAGAGUUAG